CUGAAAGCAGGGCUGGUGCUGCUGUUGUGUGAGGGUCUGCAGGUGAGAGCUGUAGGUGUGACCCCCAGGACAUUGCUGGAUCAUGUUUGCCUGUAGCCCUGGUGGAGAUCCAGUGCCACCUGCAAGUCAUGGAAAUCAGGUCACUUUUUGCCUUGGGACAGGUGCCAAAUGCUGAGCAUUAAAGGAAUCAACACGACCGUGGGGCAGGAGCAACAGGCCAGCAUGAAGGAAAAAGAAGUGUUAGAAGAUCUGGAAAUACACCUUGCAAGGAGAGAUGCAGAGGCCCUCUUCCAAGAGCAGCCUGGGACUGGGAACCCGUACUUGGAAGACACUUUGCUUCGGAGUUACUUGAAAACACACCUUCCUCCCAAGGUCCUGGAGGAGGUGCAUCAGGAUCUGGAGAGGUUUGGAAACCGCCUGCUGACCAAGAUCCAACCUCUGAGCUGGGAAUGCGAGCUGAACCCCCCUGUGUUCCGGCAGUACGAUGCCUGGGGGCAGCGCGUGGAUCACAUCCACACCUGCUCAGCGUGGAGGAGGAUGAAGGAGAUUUCAGCAGAAGAAGGGCUGAUUGCUGAGGCCUAUGAGAAAAGAUACUCCAACUGGAGCCGCCUGUACCAGGCUGUCAAACUGUACUUGUUCUCAAGCUCCUCUGGAGGUUUCAGCUGUCCACUGGCCAUGACUGAUGGGGCAGCCAAAGUCAUUGAGUCACUGGGUAUUCCUGGAUCUCUGAAAAAUGCUUUUGACCGUCUGACAUCCCGUGACCCUGAGAAGUUCUGGACCUCUGGCCAGUGGAUGACAGAGCGAAGGGGUGGCUCAGAUGUUGCGAAUGGCACCGAGACCGUGGCCAGGAAGCAGCCGGAUGGCACCUAUCGUCUGUAUGGAUUUAAAUGGUUCACAUCAGCAGCUGAUUCUGAUGUGGCAUUAACCCUGGCCAGGAUAGCAGAUGCUGAAGGACAGUGUGUCCAGGGCUCCAGAGGCCUGUCCCUGUUCUUCCUGAGGGUUCGGGAUGAGGAGGGGAAGCUGAACAGCAUCCAGGUGCAAAGGCUGAAGGACAAGCUGGGCACGAGGCAGAUGGCAACAGCAGAGCUGUGGCUGCAAGGAGCCAGAGCAGAGCUGAUCUCUGCAGAGGGUCAUGGAGUGGCCACCAUCUCCAACAUGCUGAACAUCACUCGGAUCCACAAUGUCAUUGGUGCCGUGGCUUCCAUGAGAAGGAUGAUCAGUCUGAGCAGGGACUACGCCCGCAAGCGCGUGGCCUUCGGGAAGCUCCUCAAGGACCAUCCCCUGCACGUGCAGACGAUAGCCCGGAUGGAGGUGCAGGUGAGAGGGGCAUUUCUGCUGCUUAUGGAGAUCGUUCGCCUGCUGGGCCUGGCUGAAACAAACCUGGCAAGUGAGCAGGAGCAGCUGCUGCUGAGGCUGCUCAUCCCAGUGGCCAAACUCUACACAGGGAAGCAGGCUUCUGCUGUGGCUGUUGAGGCAAUGGAGAGUUUUGGGGGCCAAGGUUACAUGGAGGACACAGGCUUGCCAGUCAUACUCCGGGAUACUCUGGUGCUGUCCAUAUGGGAGGGAACAACAAAUAUCCUGUCCCUGGAUGUGCUGCGAUCCCUGGCCAAGAGCAAAGGGCAGGUGAUGGCUGUGUUCCUGUCCACAGUGCAGGAGAAGCUGGAGCUGGUUUCAAGCAGCAGGGAACUGGCCUUGGCCAUGCAGCGGACACGGGAAGCCAUCGGGAGCCUCCGAGAGUUCAUGGCAGCUGCGGGCUCAGAGCAGACACUGACCAUGGAGCUGGCAGCCAGGGACUUCUCCUACAGCCUGGCACGGAUCUACACAGAUGAGCCUCAAGCACUGCUGAGAAGUAUCCACCGUCCUUUUUUCCUGAGCCCUGGGCUGUUCUGGCAGGAGCCUGGGAAUGCUGACACCUCCUACUCCCCUACAGGAGCUCUUCUGAUGGAACACGCGGCUCGGGCCGAUGCUUCCUCCGCAGAUGCCUGCACUGCCCUGAGGUGGUGCAGCCAGGAGCUGUGUCCGGUGGCCGUGGAGUCAGGGAGGGGCAGCUACAGGGGCGGGGCAGCGCUCCAGGACAGCGCCCUGGUGUUCGGGAACAGCCGGCUCUGAGCGCCGCAGCCCCGGCACGGACACCAGUUUAGGAGUGACAGUUUGCUGUUCCCUGGAAAGACACGGUGUGGAACAGGAAACCAAGGGCAGCAGCUGCAGCCUCCUUUCCCAAGGCCUUGGUGUUUCUGCUGAGCCUCCAAUAUGUCCCCUCCGAGGGACAGGGAAGAAAACUAAGAAAGUGUGUUAGCAAAUGCUCCCAUGCAAAAGUCUAAACUUUAUUCACUUUUAUUUAUAUAUUUAACAAUUCUAAAGUAUUUACUUCUCGCUUUUGACAAAAAUGAAAAAUAUAGGAGCACUUUACUCUCUUGUGGAGAGAAGGGUUAUUUCUGUACACAGCUACGGAGAGACGGCUUCCUCCUUUACAUACAAAGAAAAAUAAUAUUAAUAAAAAAAGUGCUUCAUCGAUCCAAAAAAGCCUAAAGAGCUGCAAGCUUUUAUUCACACUGUACAUCCCAGCCCCGGCCCGGACCCUCUUGGCACGUGCAGAGGCUCCGGCUGAUUCUGCACCACAAAGCCACACAAGGUUGGGGUGUCCCCCCCAGCCCAGCGCUGCCACCUCCCCCUCGCCACCCCGGGAGGAGCCGCACGUUCCCUCGCCCCGCUCGGAGCAGCGACGCCUGUGCCUCUCUCCCACCCCCAAUCCUAAACAUUCCUUGGCUGGAAACACCAUCCUUCACUUUGCUUUUCCCUCAGUGUCUCUUUCUCUAGACCUGUGCCAGGGAGAUCCCAAGAUGCUCCGUCCGUUCCCAGACCCCUUUCCCGCAAGGACGCAGCCUCCUCCUUCCUGGACGUGGACGCCAGCGCGUGGAUCCGGCAGGGUGGGAAGGGCACAGUCCAACCACCUCAGACCCACUGAGCUCUGCCAGAUGGUUUCUCCAUGUGACCCUCCCUUUGGAUGAUGUGAUUGUGACAUUCCAGGGAAGGGAAAUGCAAAAUGAUCCUUUCCCAAGGUUCUUGAUUUUGAACUGUUGUAUCUAGCAUCUCAAAUACUCCAGCAGGAUUCUUGGGAAUACCAGAGAGUUUGGGAUUUUCCCUAGGGAAUGCACUGUGAGCAGGAUCUACUCUUCCUCCUUGCCUGAUUGCACUAAGCAGGAUCUAUGGGAAGGGAAUGGGAUGAGCACCUACCAGUCGGUUACAAAUGGGUAUUUGGGAGUUUCACCCUUCAGUGAGGUGAGUGAUUGGGACAGAAGGAGGAAGGGAAACCCAUAAUGUAUUUUGGAUUGUUUUAAGCUCCUCAGGCAGCUUUUUCCUAUCUGGAGUACACUGAAGACAGCCUGGGAAAGGAGGAGCAUCCCAAGAGGGUGCCCAGCACCAGCGCAAUCCGCACAGGCCGAGCCCGGCGGGCCCCGGCCGCCUUCCGUCGGUUUGGAUCGUCCAGUAAAGUGCGAGUGACCAGCCAGGACCUGACCAUGGCAAUGCUCUGCUCCCACAGGGAAUCCCACCCAGAUGUGGCAAGGACAAGGCAGAGAUCUGCUCCUGUCCUCGUGGAUUCAGUCAGGAAUUGCAUGGUCAGAGCCCUGGCGAGGCCCGGUGUGAUGCCUGGCUCAGCGUUCCAGGUGUUCCCGCUCCGAGGGCUCAGAGCUCACGGAUUGUGUGCAGGUACAGAGCCGCCAGCGCAGGAACCUGACCGAGACCCCCUCGGGCAGCCAAGCCCACCGUGAGAACAGAGAGGGAAAAGGUCUCGGGAAGGAGAUUCCCACCUCUUCUAGCAGCAACAGGUUCCCAAACAGCAGUUUCGGGUUUGGAAUAACAGGAGUGAUUGAAAGCACUGGAGGCUGCAGCUAUUCAGGCUCUCCACUCUGGCCAGCCCGGCUCCCUCUGCUCCCCAAAAUCCUCGGCCUGCAGCAGUUCUGCAGCGGGACAGAUAAAUACCCACAGGGACCCUGGCUCUGCACCAGCUCCCUCCCCACCUCCAGGACCCUCCCGCAAACAAACAGAUAUAUUAUUAUAUACACACACACGCACGCGCGGGGACACGGACACACAGACAGGACAGGCAGGGAAGGGGGAAGAGCUGGACAAGGAGAACCCCACGAUCCAGCGGCACAUCCUCGAGGUCUGUCCCGCCCAGCAGCGCCCCACGCCCCGAGCUCCAGGCGCAGCCUCCCAGCCUCGGCCCCCCGGGAUCCGCGUGUCCGUGGGGAAGGGUCGGCUCGGCUGCUCCCCCGCCGC